AUGGUGAAGGAAGACUUGUACGCUGUACUUGGCUGUCCAUCAACGGCUACCGUAAGCUAAUUGUUAUCACUGAUUUUAUGCUUGUUUAGACUGAUCAGAUUCUGAGUGAGUACAAGGCUCGAGUACGACAAUUUCAUCCAGAUAAACAAACUGGACGGGACGAUCAGUUUUGUCAAUUACAGUAUGCUAAAGACGUGCUGACAGAUCCGUCGAAAAGACGUCAUUAUGACACUUAUAUGAACAUGGGGAUGCAGAUGCCAUUGAAGGAAUGGAUGGCACAUAGGGAGAGCUUACAGCAGGUAUUUUGUCUUUAAGUUUUUGUUUACUUUAUAACAUUUGUAUAAAUUACGUUGUAUGGAAACAGCAAUGUUAAUAUACAUUCUUGUCUAUAUAAUUGUGCCUUUGUUUAGACAUUACACUGGGCAAAUACAUCUGCACCAACUCCUGCAAUAGAACCUCAAGAGAAAAGAGAACAAAAUGACAAACCGAUCGAUUGGAAAAGACAUCAGAAUUCAACAUUGGAUGCCUUCAGAAACUACAGAUUAUGA